UGAGGGGGAAAUGGGAGAAAAGUAAACACACCCUAAUUCUUAAUUCACCUUCCCAAAAACAUUUAAAAAAAAAUCCUUUGUUUCCGAGCAUCACUUUCACGGGCUCGGAAAAACAUCAGAGUCCGUCCACACUCCAUUCCAUAGUGCUAACCAUGGAGCCCACCACUCCACUAAAGUCCCCUAUAAAUAAUUGGCCGCUCAAAAGCUUCUCUCCACCAUCACCAGUGUCAGUCACCAAUCCAAAAGCACCUUCCUUUCACAUUUUGCUCCGGUAGACAUUUCACCGGCCGAACGAACAAAAAUGGCAUCCUCUGUUCUCAACUUCGUCGCCGUCAACCCAAAGCUCCAACAAUCCCCGAAACCCACUCCACCCUCCCACAGAUUCACCACCGCCAGAAGAUUCCCCUCCUCCCUCCGCCCAAUCAAAGCCUCCAUAUUCGACAAAUCCCCACUCUCCUCCAUCCCAGGUUUGACCAAACCGGCCCCGUCAUCGUCCCCUCAAUCCAAUCUCCCAAUCCGACAGAUUCCGGGCGACUAUGGCCUCCCUGGAGUCGGACCCAUCCAAGACCGCCUCGAUUACUUCUACAACCAAGGCCGCAACGAGUUCUUCAAAUCCCGAAUGCAGAAGUACCAGUCAACGGUCUACCGAGUCAACAUGCCCCCGGGCCCUUUCAUCUCCACCAACCCUCGCGUCAUCGUCCUGCUCGACGGGAAAAGCUUCCCCAUCCUCUUCGAUCUGUCGAAAGUCGAGAAGAAGGAUCUCUUCACUGGAACCUACAUGCCCUCCACGGAUCUCACCGGCGGGUACCGAAUCCUGUCCUACCUCGACCCCUCCGAAUCCAAUCACGCCAAGCUCAAGCAAUUGCUCUUCAAUUUGAUCAAAUCCCGCCGCGAAUUCGUGAUCCCCGAGUUCAAUUCGGCCUUCACGGAGCUUUUCGAGGUGCUGGAGUACGAUAUCGCGACGAAAGGGAAAGCAGAGUUCGCCGACCCGAACGAGCAGGCCGCUUUCAAUUUCCUCUCGCGCGCCUUCUUCGGCGUGAGGCCGAUCGACACAGCGUUGGGGAAGGACGCGCCGACGCUGAUCUCGAAGUGGGUUCUGUUCAAUCUCGCCCCGAUCCUCUCCGUCGGGCUGCCGAAGGAGGUCGAGGAAGCCACGCUCCACUCCGUCCGCCUCCCGCCCACGCUCGUACAGAAGGAUUACACCCGCCUCUACGAGUUCUUCUCCUCCGCCGCGGGAACGUUCCUCGACGAGGCAGAGAAAUCAGGGAUCUCGAGGGAGGAAGCCUGCCACAACAUCUUGUUCGCGAUCUGCUUCAACUCGUGGGGCGGGUUCAAGAUCUUGUUCCCGAGCUUGAUGAAGUGGAUCGGGCGGGCGGGGAUGGAGGUCCACACCCGACUCGCCCGGGAGAUCCGAACCGCUACCGCCGCCGGCGGCGGUGGAAUCACGAUGGCGGCGAUGGAGAAGAUGCCGCUGAUGAAAUCCGUGGUGUACGAAACGCUGCGUAUCGAUCCGCCGGUGUCGCUGCAGUACGGGAAGGCGAAGAAGGAUUUCGUGCUGGAGAGCCACGACGCGGCGUACGAGGUGAAAGAAGGGGAGAUGCUUUUCGGGUACCAGCCGUUUGCGACUAAGGACCCGAAGAUAUUUGACCGACCCGAGGAGUUCGUACCCGACCGGUUUGUUGGGGAAGGAGAGGAGCUGCUGUCGCACGUGAUGUGGUCGAACGGGCCGGAGACGGAGCGGGCCAGCGUGGCGAACAAGCAGUGCGCCGGGAAGGAUUUUGUGGUCAUGGUGGCGAGGUUGUUUGUCGUGGAGCUGUUUAGUAGGUACGAUUCGUUUGAUAUCGAGGUCGGAACGUCGCCGUUGGGGGCGAAGAUCACGUUGACUUCGUUGAAGAAGGCGACUUUCUGAGUUCUAGGGAUGUUGGUUUUACGGAAGUGCCCCCCAGUUGCCUUGUAGUCUUGUAGCAAUAAGAUGUGUCGCGGAGGUGGGAGUUUGUGGGCAGAGUUGUAAUAUUAUGGGGUUGGGAGGUUUUUUUAUUGGGUUUUGGGGAUGUCACUCCGUGUUUAUUGUGCUAGUAAACUGUGAUUUGAAGAAAUGUCAACGCAGUGGAACAAUGAUAAAUAUAAACAUUACAGUUAAGC